AUGGAUUCAGGUCGAGGAGGCUUUCGUGGAUCAUUUGGUGGCCGGGGGCGAGGUAGAGGUCGCGGUCGUGGACGGGGUCGGGCGCGUGGUGCAGCUGCUAAGGAGUGGAAGCCAGUUACGCAACUCGGACGUCUGGUCGCGGACAAAAAGGUGACCACUCUCGAGGAGAUAUACAUGUUCAGUCUUCCGAUAAAGGAGGCUGAAAUUAUUUCCACGUUGCUGGGUUCUGCUUUGAAAGAUGAAGUUCUAAAAAUCAUGCCUGUUCAGAAACAGACGCGUGCCGGUCAACGCACACGUUUCAAGGCGAUCGUGGCAAUGGGUGACAACCUUUGUCACGUUGGUUUGGGUGUGAAGUGUGCAAAAGAAGUUGCCACGGCAAUCCGAGGCGCCAUCAUUCAAGCCAAGUUGUCGGUAAUCCCUGUGAGGAAAGGUUAUUGGGGUAACCUGAUUGGGAAGCCCCAUACUGUUCCUUGCAAAGUCACCGGUAAAUGCGGAUCGGUCACCGUACGGCUGAUCCCCGCUCCACGUGGAACGGGAGUAGUCGGAGCACCCGUCCCGAAGAAGCUGCUUCAAAUGGCCGGUAUUGAAGAUGUGUACACAAGCUCACGUGGUCAGACUGCUACCCUUGGAAAUUUCGCAAAAGCAACAUACGCUGCCAUCCGGGCGACCUACGAGUAUCUUACGCCGGACCUGUGGAAUGUUGCGCCAUCAAGCAAACAUCUGUUCGUGGAGUAUUCCGAUUAUUUAAGCAAGGCUGCGAAGGCGGUUUGA